CUAUAUUCUAUUACUAAGCACUCCCCCUUCCCCUUUGCUGCCAUAUUCUGCUACAAUCUCCGUGAUUCCUACAUUAAAAAAUGGUUUUUUUAAUUGGUUUUCUUCUCAUUGGCCCUCAUUAGCUCGCAGACUGAGGACUAGGGUUAUCGGUGGUCGUCUCUACAAAUGCUUGAUGGUGUAAGAGAGGGGUUGCCGGUUGUGUUGUGGUUGUGUUUGGUGGAUGCUUGACGCCUCGGCGGUGGAGGCGGGAGGGAUACCAUAAAGGUCAGAUCUUUGGGGCAAUUUGAUUCCGUCAGCCUCGGAAUUUCUUGGAUCUUGCGAUCGUGUGUUCGAGAGGCCGCUGCUAAUGACGGAAGUGGUCGAUUUGGUUGCAAGAACUUGUUGAUUAUAUUUAAUUUGAUUACAAAGGUUGGAUCUUUAGCCGGAAAAGGCAGUUAUUACCUGAUCGCAAUGACCCCGGAGGACUGUAUGUGUUUGGUGAAGGAGAGGCAGCCGGAGAAGGAAGUGGAUGAGAAUGGAGGGCUCGGGCCUGCGCAUGAUGGCGAUGAAGGUGAAAGGGUGGAUGGAAGCAAUCACUUGUUCUUGAGAGAAGCUCCCAUUUUGACGGAGGAAUCUGGAAUCUCCAAAGAUUACAAUUGUCAGGACAAGAAGGUUGGAUCAAGGGAGGAAUUGGUUCUUCGAAAGGACAUGUGCAAGCAGGGGACGAAGCUCAGUAGGCGUGAUCGGGUCGAACUGGGUUGCCGGUUUCAGCGGGCAGUGAGCUCUUGCGAUUGGGAACUUGCAUGGAACCUGCUUGUGCUGGCCAAGGCACAAGCUCUGAAUGAUGUGCUCUGCGUAGCGUUGGACUCUGUAUGGUUCUUGACAACGCACGAAGAACUGGAUGGCAUUACUGGGUUGAUCAAGAAAAUUAUUGGCGACGGUGCGAAUGAUUUCACCAGGGCAAUCCUUAGGACGUCGUUCCUGGCUUCGUGUGUUUCUGCCUGUCAAAGCAAAAUGAUGAAUUUGACGGAUGCAGUGGGUGUCACGACCCAAAGGUUGCAUGAGCGUCUGCAAGAAUGUCAGGGAGACGAGGUUCUGAAGGUUGAAGCAAGUACCAAAGUUCAGAAAUUUACAGAAUGGGCUCUGAAAUGCAUCAGAUUUCACUCUCAUUAUCAGGAGAACAGGGGACGAAGAAGAAGAAACCAGAGUACGAUCGUCGAGGUCCAACUUCAGUUGUCAGCUUUCAAGACAUUCUUGGAACUUGCUGGUGAUCAUCUUACAGGAAAAGAUUUUACCGAGGCUUUCGAUGCAGCAUGUUUCCCUGUUGCUCUCUUCUCGAGCUCAUUUGACCCUGGUUGGGCAUCAGGAAUCUCAGCAAUUGCAGUCCAAGGGUUAUUGGGGAUGCUGGUAGAGGGUGGUGCAGACAAUGUAAACCAAUGCUUUCUGGAAGCUUCAAGAUUUGGGAGUACCGAACUCGUGCGGAUCUUGCUUCAGAUUGCUCAGAGGAAUAGCUUGGACAUUGAUGUUGAUCUUGCACUUGUCUUUGCCUCUCACUACUGCAAAAUCAGAACUAUGGAGUGCUUGGUCGAAGAGGGAAAUGCAGCCAACUUACUGGGUCCUCUGGUGCGAGCAUCUGAGAGAGGGUGCAUGCAGGUUGUCCAAUGGUUUGUUAACCAGGGAUGUGGAGACAUGGAUCUCUGCCUGGCCUUAAUUGCUGCCACCUCUAGCAGCCACUUAGGUGUUUCUGCUUAUCUUCUCUCACAAAUUCCACAUCAUGUCCUUGCUGCUGUUAGCAUCGAGAUUCUAAAGACGGUAAGCGAGAGAAGUCGAGGAUCUCUCGAUGGUGUUGCCUUUCUUCUCUGCAAUGACUUCCUUGGUGACCCUACUGCAACAUAUGCUGUGGCUGACAGCAUUGCAAGCUCCAAUGAUGAGGUUGUGGCACCUGAGUUGAGGGCUUUUUUGAAGGAGCACUGGUCUGAGGAUGCAUUUGCUGAAGGAUUGAGCUCUGGUCAGGACCACUAUGUAAAUUUCAUGAGGAUUCUGCAAAGAGGCGGCUCACCCAUCUGCCUAAUGGACCUGCCACCACCCCUGGUGACUGCCAUUGUAUACAAGCCUCUGUAUAGGGAGUGCACGGAAGCAGGUGGGAAAUUGCUACCUCAAAAACUAAGAGGGAAGCUUGUGGAAGCAGCCAGUAGGCUUGGUGGCAGGCAGGUGGAUAACGAUAGCCCAGCAAAAGAGCUUUUGGCAAUUCUGGAGCAUCACCUGCCCCGCCAUUUUCUGCCACUAUGACAACUGCUCACUUGUACACACUCGUAAGGAACAGCAGAUGAACUUUGCUUUA